AUGUCCAGGGUAGACCUCUGGGCCCCACGGCUUCUCUUCUUGUGUCAGCUCUUGUGGCUGCUGGUCCAUGGAGCUCCAGUUCAGUUUCAGAAGCUGGCCCUGGACCCUGUCUUGCUGACCUCCAGUGCACCUGAGGAAAAAGGACCAUCUCGAAACCUUCAGGAGAUCCCAGCUGAGGAACCAGAAGCCUCUGAGGUAGGAGAACCAUAUCCUAUUGAAGAAGAGGCCUCAAGUCAGUCUGCAGUAUCCCCUAAGUUAUUAAAAUCUCUGUUCGUGAAUGGACUUGAAGAGGAGCAUCCAACUACCCCUGAACAUAUCGAAUCUUCAGUCCAGCAGAAGAGCUCGGAUCUGCUGCAACUGCCUCUUGCCAAUGAAGAAACUUCAUUCCAGGAGAAGAGUCCAGCUCAGCAUUCGAAAACCUCUAUUUAUCUUAAGGUGACAGCCUCUCCUCCAGUUUCAGGUAAAGCUCCAUAUCCAGUGUUGCCAUAUGUGAUGAAACGUCAGUUCCCUAAGAACAUUAAAAUAUUGGCAACUGCGAAGGAGGUCACAGCUUAUUUUGCAAAGUUUACUGAGUUGGUUGAACUUCCAAGACGGGAGGGGGCCCCUCCAGAGCCUUCUGAAACAACAGAAUCAUCUUCAUCCCAGCCUGUUUUGGAGGCUGAUGCUGCAGCCCCGCAGCAGCCCGCCGCUCCUCCAGAACAUGCCGAGGAAGCACUUCCACAACCAGAGCCCGUUCAGCCUCAGCAGCCCAUCUGGUCUGAGGUAACAGGUCGACCUUCGGACCUGGAGCUGACCUUAAAGCCUGACGCCACUUUGGAAAAUGAACAUCCAACUGCCCCGCAGCAGCCGGCCGCUCCUCCAGAACAUGCGGAGGGAGCACGUCCGCGUCCAGAGCCUGUUCGCCCUCAGCAGCCCACCUGGUCUGAGACGACAGGUCGGCCCUCGGACCUGGUUCUCACCAUUAAGCCUGACGCUACUGGGGAAAAUGAACAUCCAGCUGCCCCGCAGCAGCCAGCCGCUCCUCCAGAACACGCGGAGGAAGAACGUCCGCAUCCAGAGCCUGUUCGGCCUCAACGGCCAACCUGGUCUGAGACGACAGGUCAAAUUUUGAACAUGGAGCUCACCAUAAAGCCUGAAGGUACUGCAGAAAAUGAACAUCCAUCUGUCCUACAGCAGACCACUGCUCCUCCAGAACACCCUUCCAUCACAUUUCCACAUCCAGAAACUGUUCACCCUGAGUUGCCAACCUGGGCUGAGAUGACAAGUCAAACUUUGGACCAGCAAUUCUUCAGACUUCAUCAACCAGUGUCAGCUGAGACAGGCCCUCCAACGACGGGACAGAAUGUCAUCACGAACAUAUGUGAACUCUGUACCUGCAAAAAUGAGACGCUGUCCUGUACUGGGUUUGACGCAAAGCAGAAGCUGGACAGAGUGCCUGUGCCACAGCCCAACACGUACAACAGCAACUUCACCGUCUUGGAUUUGAAAGGCAACUCCAUUUCUAAUUUCGAUAAAGAUAUAUGGAAGUCAUACCAUGGGCUUGAGAAACUAAUCCUCAGCGGCAAUGAUUUAAGAGAAUUGCGUAAGGAUUCAUUUGAAGGCCUGCUAUUCCUCAAAUAUUUAGAUUUAUCUGACAACAACAUAAAGUAUAUUGAGGAGAAUACAUUUGAAACACUGCCUUUUUUGGAAUAUCUAAAUCUCGGUGGCAAUUUACUCACAGAACUGAACAUUGGAACGUUUCGGGCCUGGCAUGGAAUGCAGUUUCUACACACAAUAAUUCUCCAUCAUAAUCCUCUGACAACCAUUGAAGACACAUAUCUUUUUAAGUUGCCGGAGUUAAAACAUUUGGACUUGGGAGGAACACAAGUGUCACUUGCAACGGUUGAGAACAUCCUCACGAUGACCACUGAAAUGAAAAAACUGACCCUACCUCACGAUUUGGCCUGCUGCCUCUGCCAGUUCAAAAGUAAUAUCGAGGCUGUGAGCCUGACAGUCAAAUUGCAUUGUGCUGCUCAAUGUCUGAAAAACACACGUUGUGAUGAAGAACUCUACUUAAACAGUGCAGAAGACUCUUUCCUAAAUGUAAUUCAAGGCCGGGAGAGCACUAGCGUGCAGCUGACGAUUGAGCCGGAGAGGGCACCCUCUGACAAAAACGACGAGAAGUUGUCAGCUUUACUGAGUGAGCUGCUGGACUUUAACGAUAAAAGUGCUGUUAUCAGUGCACUGAAUUACAGAUUUCCUUAUUUCUCAGAUAUAAAUCUAGACGAUAUAGAAUCAAUCUCUCAUUUAUUACCUCUCAUUAAAUUCCCUUUUUCAAAUGUACAAGAGGGAGAUCUCCUAAUGAAAGUUUUGAGUGAACAAGAAGAAGCAAAGGUUUCCAAGACCGAGUGGGAUGCCAAUCAAUACAAAAAUGAGGAAACGGAAGCCCACGAGGAAGAGGAAGAGGAAGAGCAGGAGCUACUUCAGCGAGCCAACGAAAUGCCGGUGACAGGAUAUGUGCAUCACAACAAACUGCUUGUGGCAACACCUGUGAUUGUCGUAGCAACGGUUUUUAUUAUACUUCACUGUCUCAUUUCGAUCUGUGGUAAAAAGAAGGCCGAUGAAGAAAAUGCAAGGGGCUUUUUCUCAAGUCUCCUGAAAAAAAGGUCACGGGACAGCCAGAUGGAGGCUGGCGGCUUCUGGAGCAGGCUGAAGGGUCUGUUUGGUGCUUCCAAAGCUGUACCUGAGAUAAUCGAGUCCCAGAAUCUUCAGGACAAGGAUUCCUCUGAUGAGAGCGAAACUAUGGACCUAAUGGAGAAGGGAGAAGCCUCCUCCCUCACAGCCAGAACUGCUUCUGUUGCUGAAACUUCCUUCUUUCUUCAGCAACCUAUGCUGCGCUUCCCUGAGGGAAGGAUUAGGUUCUCCAGGGCUCUGUCCGUCCUGGUAACAGGGAUCCCGCAGCGCAGUCCGGGUCCUUCUCCUGCUGAAGGGGAGAGGCCGCUCCCUGAAGGCCCCGGGAGUGCAGCUGCAGGAGAGCAAGUGUGA